GGCUGCCCUCAGGUGCAGUGGGAUCCAGCAGGCAGACCUCUGAGGCACACAGGGCAGCCUGAGUCUUGGGUGAGGAGUCUUCGAGGCUGCAGAGAUGGAGGCUGGAGGUGGGAGGAGCCCCUGGCUGCUGCUGCUGGCCCUGGUCCUGGUGAGGCAGGGCCACUUUGAUGGGUGGCCCGGCUUCCAGGAGAAGCCCAUGAGCCAAGAGAAUGUGAACUCGACCCUGAACUUCUUCAUCCAGUCCUACAACAAUGCCAGCAAUGACACCUACCUAUUCCGGGUGCAGAACCUCCUCCGCACUCAGGUGCAGCUGACAACAGGUGUGGAGUACCUGGUCACCGUGAGGAUCGGCAGGACCAUGUGCAAGAGGACUGGCAUGGUCCAGAGCAGCCUCUCCUGCCCCCUGCAGAGCAAGAAGCUGAAGAAGAGCCUGGUCUGCAAGUCGCUGAUCUACACGGUGCCCUGGUUAGAUUAUUUUGAGCUAUGGAACAACUCCUGCCUGGAGGACUGAGUGGAACCUCAGAUGGCAGAACUGGGCACCAGCCGAGAUAAAGCUCUGCACAACCA